AUGGAUACUGAUCUAGAUAACUUAGCUCUCACUUCUACAGAAAUAGAAAUGAGCAUUGGUAAAGAAAUUGAAGCAGAAAAUGUCAAAAUUGAUGAACAAAAGUCAGCACUGUACUCAAAAUGGUUGUCAGUCAAUCCUAAAGCAACAUGGAGAGAUGUCAUUAAUGCACUGACUAGUAGAAAUCAGAACAAACUAGCUCAAGAUAUUAAAGUUGCUAUGGAGAGGAAUGUUGUCUCUAAGGAAUCAUCACGAAGAACAUCAAGUUUUGAUGAUGUUGAAAUCAUAUUUUUUCCAAAAGAUGAUCAAAUAGUUCAAGAUUCUUUGGAUGAAUUACAAGCAAAGUUCUCUCACAUCAUGAGAAAUGUAAAAUCAGCUUUUAAUUAUAAAACAGUCCGAAAUUCUCAACUUUCCUUUGACAUAUCCAAUUGGAUUGAGAGUUACCUUCACUGGGAGCAUGGUACAGCAGGUAGUGAUUUAGAUGAUAUCUUCAAAAAGAUCUACCAUAAUUAUGAUUUCAUUGACUGUAGUCUGAUAGUUGCUAUGUGUAAUGAGUUUAUAAGUGAUGAAAAAGAUCUACUUGAUGAGCUGAAGGUUUAUUCAUUAAAUGCUAAUGCAUUUCGUUCAUCAAGACCAAUUACUGAACUCAAACAAAAGCUACGUAAAGUGUAUGGACCUUAUAGACGACAGUUAGAGAAUAUGCCAUUGAUCUGUAUUGAACUACAAAAUCCUUGGAAUGAUGUUAAAAUUAAUGGACUAUAUAUUCUCAUUGGAAGAUUACUACCAAAAGAACUUAGACAGUCAAUAAUGAAAUGCAUCACUAUUGAACCAGGAUCUGUUGUCAUCAAGUUACAUAUUCUUGACUUUACUGCUGAUAGUCUGAUAGAAUAUAGAUCUACUAAGGGAAAAUUACAGUUUAUGCGUCUCAUUGCUGAACUGUUGCUGAAGGAACAAGUUGAUCCUAAUAUUCAAGAGGAAGAUGGUUGGAAUGCUUUAAUGUUGGCUUGUCAAAAUGGCCACAUUCAAAUAGCUAAACUAUUGCUAAAGGAACAAGUUGACCCUAAUAUUCAAGAGGAAGAUGGUUGGAAUGCUUUUAUGUUGGCUUGUGAAAAUGGUCACAUUCAAAUAGGCGAGCUGUUGCUGAAGGAACAAGUUGAUCCUAACAUUCAAGACAGAGUAGGUCAUACUGCUUUGAUGGCUGCCAGUUCUAAUGGACAUUAUGAAGUAGUUAAGUUAUUAUUAGAAUGGGAAGCUGACCCAACUAUUAAAUCAAAUGAAGGCCACACUGCUUUAUCACUUUCGAAAGACUCUGAAAUAAAGACAUUAAUUUACAACUACAUGUAUAAGAAGGAUGAUGUUGUAUAG